UCCUGGGGUCUUACGCCAUGUCACUGCGUGGGAGCUGGCAGACUACUCUCCCAGGGAGGUGACAGGAGGGGCUGGGACAGGGGAAGCUGCAGUGGGAAAUCCAUUGUUAGGGGAGGAUGGAUGUGCUUGUUUACGUGCAUCUUUGAACCUUAGAGUUAAACAACAAAGUUUUAAACACCCUGAAAGAGCAGAGACCUCAGAACAGGUUGUUUGGGCAUUGCUGACCCAUGAAUGGGGAUAGCAGGAAAGGGAGGAAGGGAGGGAGGGAGGGCCAGGGGUGAUGGUGGAUGGAGCACACCAUAGGAUGAGUGCUGAGCGCCCCUUGGUCAGAUCCCAUGUCUACCUGAAGUGUGCCAGCCUGCUACCUUGGGCCUGCUCCUGUACAGCUCUGUCCCUGGAGAGGUAUGUUCAGUGGGGACUUGCGUGUCACUGUCAACAUGGGGUCCCUGCCCUGAGCUCUCUGGACACACCACUGACUCUGUGUCUUGUCCUUUGCAAGUGCUGAUGGAGGUUGGUAGCCUGCCAGUGUAGCUGUGGCAGCUCAUCUUAGCCUACCUGUGCCUCCCUGACCUGGGCUGCUGCAGCUUGGUCUGCACAGCCUGGUAUGAGUUCAUCCUGAGCCUGGACAAAACAGGAGAUGGCUCUGCCUGGGGCUGCCUUGAGCACAGAUACCCCAACUGGCCUAACCAGCCUGUGGAGCCACAGUCCUGGAGAGAGGCCUUCAAACAGCACUACCUGUCCUCCAAAACCUGGACCAAAAACAUGCAGGAUGUGCAGUCCUCCAGCUGCAUCUCUCUCUUUCAGAGGAGGAAGGGCUGGUGCCAGCUCUGUGUUAGCAUAGGGGCUGAGUUCAGCAGGCUCCAGGCAGCCCUUGGCACUGCCACCCACCUUGUGCUGCUACCUGGUGCACAUGAGCAGAGCAAGGUGCUGCUGAAGGUGCCUGUGGAGGCUGUGGGGCAGGCCAAACUGGGGGAUGUGGCACUGCUGGCAAGCAUUGACUGUCCCACUGUUCACUUCCACAAUGUGGUCUUCAUGCUGUCCCGCUUCUCCUAGGUGCUCUACAAGACAAGCUCAGGCUAUGUCCAGUUAGACAGUUGCAACUUUGAAAAUGGGCAGCUGCAGAUCCAUGCACCAGGGACGUGCCAGGUGAAGUUCUGCACUUUCAGCCAGUUCAGCAUCUACCUCCACAGCAUGGCCCUCUGCAUCCUGGAGAGCUGCGAGUUCACCAGCAGUGGGACUGCCUCUGUAACUGUGGAGGGCUGCCCAAGCUCUAACUGUAACUGGGCCUGCAGCACCUGGCCAUGCUGGCCAAUCCCAUGCAGUGUCCAUACGGGAGCCCAACCCAGCUGGCUGCCCUUUGGCCAAGCAGGAUGGCUACAAAGCAGCUUCCUCUCUGCUGUUGGUGCUCAAGCCCUGCUUGGCUCAGCCCAGGAAGGCACUGAAUUCAGAGACGGCUUGCAGGCAGCAAAGGAGGAGGAAUCCCCAGCCCUCAACUCAAACUCUAGUGACAGUGACUUAAACAGCAACAAUGCAGAGGAUGCUCAGGCUGCCUACAAACUGCCCUAUCAAGCUCACAGUCUGAGUGACACAAUUGCUAAUGUUACGGACAGCAGGUUUCAAAGCAACAGACUGCACACUCUUCAGAGGGACCUUAAACUCAAGUCUCUGCAGCAGGAGCUGCAGCAGGACAAGGAGGCCCAGUCUUUGGCCAACUCUCUGCAAGGCUGCAUCAUCUGACAGUGCCUUUUCAGGGAUGGGAAGGGAGGACUAUUCAUUUAUUCACAAGGGCAAGCAAAACUGGAAGGAACCAUCUUCAGGGAUCUUACCUACGAGUGUGCUGCAUACAGAACAGAAAGGUGCUGUGAAGACUGCUGUGAGCCCUCUUCCCUCUCCCUCCUGCUCCACUGUCUCCUUUUCUAUGCGUUGCCUGUGUUAACCAGCCCAAAUGAAAGGCAGGUCACUUGCAGCCACCUGCUUUCUUCAUGUAAUUGCAAUUGGAGAUGUUAACUUGGUGGCAUGCUGGGGUCAUGUAGUCAGGCCUGCUCUACCUGUAAAUUAAACUCUCACCCUAUAAAAGUGCUGCAAAUCACAUACCACAAAUGCAGGGACUGCAGGACUGUGGUGUCAGCCUCUGGUCUUGACAGUUGCCGUGGCCAGAUGUGGCUGCUUCAGGAGACCCUCAGGGGAGGGAUUUUGG